AUGAGUAUGUUCCCCUGCACGCACGAAAUAACAGAACUAACCGAAAAUUGCGAAACUAAAACCAGUCGGGAUAAACAGAACCGGCAUAGCAUUGAAGAUGACAUCAACAGGCUUUUUGAGGCCAUCGACCUUGGGACCUCCCGACCGCAUUUUUCGGACAAAAGUUCCAUGAAAAGGCCAAUUAGAGUAAGCCCUUCCCAUAUCUCAGGCAUCGGGAUUUCUGAUCCCGUCAGUCUAAAACAAGCCCUUAGAGGAUUGUGCAUUUCCCAGGCUUCAGAAAUGGCUGCCCUCAGAAAACGACUGCCAAGGACCUCUGUCGUGAUCAAGGAAAACAAAGAGGAGAACUACUGUACAAGCAAUAGGAACUCAGUCAAGGAUAUAUCAUCUGACUCGGUGAAAAGUCAAAGUAAAGACUUUGUGAAGAGGAAAUACGUGCCGAGAAGAACUUUCGCCCCUAAAACUGUCGGUCAAUGUAACGAAGCAGUUAAAGAAAAUCGCGAUCAACAUCGCAAGGGCAAAAUGGUCAAUUCAAGGCCUGGCUCGAGCCUCGUCUGCAAAACAAUGAGGGCGGAUGAAAAGUCGAGCGCUAAGGAGAAGAGCGAAUUUUCGCAAAGCUCACAAAGCAGUAGCAUGGGUUCGAGCUUCUAUAGUGAAGAAACAUAUCUUAGUGGCGGGUCGAGCAGGAGCGGGCACCGGGCCCACAUGUCGAGAGACUCGAAAUUGGAAGCCAUAAGCUGUGCCAGAAAGCAGCACGGGAGUUUGAGCCUCAGGAAUUUUAAAAUGCUGAGGAAAAUAGGGGGUGGAGAUAUUGGGACUGUUUAUCUCUCGGAACUUAUGGGGACUGGCUGCCUGUUUGCGGUGAAAGUUAUGGACAAUGAAUUUUUAGUGGCGCGGAAGAAAAUGACGCGGGCUCACACGGAAAGGGAGAUUCUGGGGAUUCUUGAUCACCCUUUUCUGCCCACACUCUAUGCCCAUUUUGCGACGGAUAAGUUUUCGUGUCUAGUUAUGGAGUACUGUCCAGGUGGUGAUCUUCACGUGCUUCGACAAAAGCAGCCUAGUAGGUUCUUUACUGAAAAAGCAGCCAGAUUCUACGCGGCGGAGGUCGUCGUUGCUCUCGAGUACCUCCACAUGCUGGGCGUCGUGUACCGCGACCUGAAGCCCGAGAACGUCCUCGUGCGCGAAGACGGCCACAUAAUGCUCACCGACUUCGACCUCUCCUUACGCUGCCCCACUCCCGUGACCCCAACCCUCCUCAAACCCCCCACCACAAACUCAUCGUGCAUCGACCCCCUCUGCCUCCACCCCUCUUGCUUCAAGACUCCCCGAAAACCCGAACCUCACCACCCGGACACACGAUACCCGCAGAUGGUGCUGGAGCCCACGGGGGCCCACUCGAACUCGUUUGUGGGCACGCACGAGUACUUGGCCCCCGAGGUCGUCAGGGGGGAGGGCCACGGGAGCCCUGUCGACUGGUGGACGCUUGGGGUGUUCAUUUACGAGAUGCUGUAUGGGAGGACUCCGUUCAGGGGUUCGACCAAUGAGGAGACGCUGUCCAAUGUGGUGUCGAGGUGUGUCGGCUUUCCGGGGGCUCCCGUGGUGAGCUCGGCCGCGCGGGACCUGAUGCGGCGCCUGCUGAGGAAGGAGCCCCGGGAGAGGAUGGGUUGCGCGGCAGAGAUUAAGGGGCACCCGUUUUUCGAGGGGAUGAAUUGGGCGCUCGUGAGGAAUAGAGAUAGAUACAGUAAAUAUGAUGAUCUUGUUGAUGCUUUAGGAGUUAAUGUGGCUUUUUUUGAUCUCCAGUUUCUUGAUUAA